AUGGCUUUGGGUUCAGUUCUUUUGCAGAUUCUAAGGAAGCCGACGAUCGGGGAUGUUUUGAGCGAGUUAAUGAUCUUCAUGGCUCCUUUAUGGGUCGCUGUAUUGAUCGGAGUUUUGGUGGGAUGGGCAUGGAAGCCGAAGUGGGCAAAUAUGGGCAGAGGAAUGUUGAUUGAUUGUUCUGGUUCGAAGGAUUCAACUCCAUCGCCUUCAGAUUCUUCAUCUACAAGUUUUGGUUUCAUUUCAAGCUUGAAUUCGAUCAAGUCUCAGUUGAUGCCCAGUUGCAUCUCUUGGAUUUCAGAUGAUGGGAUUCAAAAGGAUUCUUUUGCUUUGCCACCUAACCUUGAUUCCAAUCCCUGUUCAUCACAUAUUUCCAAGGGGAAAACUAGUUUUGUGACAAAUGAUGAUUUAGAACAUUUGAUCAAUUUAGUUGAAGAAAAGGAUGGAGACCCUGCUUGGGUUCAUAUGAUGGAUUGCUCUACUCAAACUAUGAAUUAUCAAGCUUGGCAAAGAGAUCUUGAGGCUGGACCUACAGAAUAUCGUAGCCGGACUGUUUUCGAAGAUGCCACUCCCGAGAUGGUGAGGGAUCUCUUUUGGGAUGAUCAAUUUCGACCAAAGUGGGAUAAGAUGCUUGCUAGUGCUGCAACUAUGGAGGAGUGCCCCACCACUGGAACCAUGGUGGUCCAUUGGGUUCGCAAGUUUCCUUUCUUCUGUAGUGACAGAGAAUAUGUGAUAGGUCGUCGUAUUUGGGAGUCGGGGCGGUCUUAUUAUUGUGUUACUAAGGGAGUACCGUGUGCCUCUUUUCCGAGGAAAAGCACGCCUAGGCGUGUUGAUGUAUACUCUUCGAGUUGGUGCAUUCGUGCAGUCGAAUCGAGGAAAGGGGAUGGCCAACUGACUGCAUGCGAGGUGUUACUUUUCCAUCACGAGGAUAUGGGUAUACCAUGGAAAAUAGCAAAGCUCGGGGUCCGACAAGGUAUGUGGGGCACUGUCAAGAAGAUCGACCCCGGCUUACGUGCAUAUCAGAAGGAGAGAGCAUCCGGCGUUCUAUCCCAUUGUGCUUUCAUGGCUCAGAUCAACACUAAAAUAAGUGCAGACUAUCUGAGGUCCUUUCAAAGCAAAAGCAACGAUUCACCGGAGCUUAAAACACAUAAUUCGUCCGAGAAACCUUCCGUAAACAACAUUCGCAAACUUUUACUUGUUGGCGGAGCUAUCGCCCUUGCUUGUAGUCUCGAUCGAGGCCUCAUAACCAAGGCCGUUAUAUAUUCGGAGUAGCCAGGAAGGUUUGCAAACAUCGGAAGGAGGUUGUAAGCAUAUAUAUUCCCUUCAUCGAUUCCGAGUUUGCCACCGGAAACUAAUCGAUACUACAAGCCUGCAAUGGAUGACCUAUUCGCUUGCUUGCUAUUAAAGAAUUGGAGAUCAAAGGUUGUAAACUUCUUUUUUCAUCCCGACCAUGAAAAGUUCGUUCCGAUCCGGCGAAAUAAUGAAAACCAUUCUUCUGAUGA